AUGCCUGUCGACAACGACACUCGAGGAUGGAUCAUGACUUGUAUCAGCGGCGUGGCAUGUAUCCUCGGCGCUGCAAUCAUCUGUGUUGACAUUCCACUGCGCCGAAUCCCAUCCUACCGAGAUUUCUCCAUCACAGAAAGCGAUGCCUUUCUCUCUGCCUCGCUCAGUCUGAGCUUCGGCGUUAUGCUUUUUUCCUCUCUCUACUCCAUGCUACCCCAAGCAAGGACCUACCUCAAGGACGCGGGCUAUUCUCCUCGAGCCGCCUCAUAUCUGCUGAUCGGUCUCUUCCUGGCUGGUGUCGUAGGUAUCCAGCUCGGCUCCCGCAUUAUACAUCACUAUAUUCCCUCGCAUGUCGUGGACUGCGAUCAUAACCACGACGAUGAAGAGGUCGCUGCGAAGGAUCAUGAAGAGAUGUCGGAACAUGCGCACGAUGACGAACAUACCAACGGCUUACCCGUGACGACACAUUGCUCGGGUCCACCUCCAGAUGAUGAAGAUACUCCACUACUCGCCAGGACAGCCAGCUUUAGCCCUAGAAAGGCCACCAAUCACCGCCACCGCGAGCCAAGUGAUGAAGAACAAAAUUUUCGGCUUGACCAGGCCUUUCAUACAGCACCCACAUCCAGAAGACCUUCGAUGAUGCCUAGGAAUCUGACCCGGACAUUGUCAAGAUAUGUCGGCGGCACAAAAGAGAAUUGUGAUGCAUCUGGCCCCUGCAUGGGGUUCUCCAAUCCGUGUGGGCAGGAUUGCUUCAAAGUAGUCCAAAGACGUGGUUCAGUGCUGCCAGGUCUUGGUGGCCCAUUUGCACGUGCACCAACUUGGCGGAGUCAAGUUGAUGCGGUAGAUGAAGCAGUGGAGGAGGAGGAGUCCCUGGGUAAUGCUACUCCACUGCCACAGUCCCACGAUCGCCUCCCUAAAUGUGCCACCCGAUCACGAGCCGCCACUCAUCAUUAUCAUCACGCUGAACAUCAGCAUCUGGACUCUGUACCACCUUGCAGAAGGGCAUCUGAACACUCACAGUCUGUUGUCAAGGAACAUCACCAUCAUGUGCCUACCAACGCUUUUAUGUCCAUUGGGCUCCAGACUUCUUUGGCAAUCGCUCUGCACAAGGCCCCAGAAGGAUUCAUUACAUACGCAACCAACCAUGCAAACCCAACUUUAGGGUUCGCCGUUUUCAUGGCCUUGUUUAUCCACAAUAUAACCGAGGGGUUCGCCAUGUCACUUCCUCUCUAUCUAGCUCUUGGGUCAAGAUUUAAGGCAAUGGCCUGGUCGUCCUUCCUAGGAGGUGCCUCGCAGCCGAUAGGUGCUGGUAUAGCAGCCGCAUGGUUCAAGCUUGCCAAAGGCAGUAGCUUCGGUGCCCCUACUGAAGGCGUCUAUGGCGGCCUCUUCAGUAUCACCGCGGGAAUUAUGGCCUCUGUGGCCCUAAGUCUCUUUGCAGAGAGUCUUCAGCUAAGUCACAACAAGAGUACGUGCAUAGCAUUCGCGUUCUUGGGUAUGGGCAUUCUGGGUGUGAGUUUCGCACUGACGGCAAAAUAA